AUGAUUUUCAGCCGCGCACUUGUGGCUUUAUCGCUAUGCGCCAGCGCGAUUGCAGCUCCCACUGAGAAGCGUGGAGUCGACUUCAAUUGGGGGUCGGAAAAGAUUCGUGGUGUCAAUAUUGGAGGAUGGUUGGUCCUGGAACCUUGGAUCACGCCCUCGAUCUUUGACGCAGCAAACCAGGGUCGUCCGGGGGAUAUAGUUGAUGAGUUCACCUUGUGCGAGAAGCUUGGGCAUGAUGCAGCACUUAGUAUCCUCCGCAACCACUGGGAUACGUGGGUUAGAUGGGAAGACUUCAACAAGAUCAAACAGUCCGGCUUCAACAUCGUUCGUAUUCCUGUCGGCUUCUGGGCAUACGACACGUUCGGUACGGCUUAUGUCAGCGGUGCAGCCGUCUACAUUGACGCCGCUAUUGAUUGGUCGCGAAGCCUAGGGCUCAAGAUCAUCAUCGAUCUCCAUGGCGCACCAGGCUCGCAGAACGGAUUCGACAACUCUGGCCAACGGAUGGACAAGCCCCGCUGGCAAGAAGGCGACACAGUCGCGCAGACUCUGCAGGUUCACCGGACCAUCGCGCAAAAGUAUGCGCAAGCACAGUAUCAGGAUGUCGUCGUUGGUAUUCAGCUAGUCAACGAGCCUGCAUUGUACAACGGUCUUAACCGGGACGUGCUUGCUCAAUUUUACCGCGAUGGUUAUGGUCAGAUCAGAGAGGUUUCAGAUACCCCAGUGAUCCUUUCCGAUGGUUUCGUGCCACCAAACACUUGGAAUGGUUUCCUCACCCCGUCGGAUGCAAACGCAGUAAACGUUGCUAUGGAUCACCACGACUAUCAAGUUUUUGACAGCAACCUCCUUCGCAUGUCACCUGCCGACCACGUAGGAUACACCUGCAGUAACUCUGAGUCGUACAACGGCGCGGAUAAGUGGACUUUUGUCGGAGAGUGGACAGGAGCCAUGACAGAUUGUGCAAAGUACCUCAACGGCUACGGCCGUGGCGCCCGCUACGACGGCACUCUCGCCAGCAGCUCCUACAUUGGAUCUUGCGACUGGCAAAACGACCUCUCACGCUGGUCAGCUUCCUACAAGGACGACUCUCGACGUUACAUCGAGGCCCAAAUCCAAGCCUUUGAGUCCAAAACUCAGGGCUGGUUCUGGUGGAACUUUAAGACAGAGGGUGCGGCUGAGUGGGACGCCUUUCGACUCAUCGACGCUGGUGUCUUUCCGGCGAUCAGAAACGGGCAGGUGGAAUACAAGUUCGGCACUGUUUGUUAG